GUAUACGACAGUCUUCCUUUGAACCGCGCAAGAGUAGUUUUAAAGAGCUUGGAGCCCGAGUUUCACCUGAUGCCAAAUUUGGAAGUUAAACAGCAUCAGAUAACCAUCAAAACAACAAAAGUAUCGAAGAAGACUCCUUUCUCGUUCUGCGUAAAACACCUUCAUAACACUGAAAUCACAAGAUCGUUAACGACCUGUAGCGAACGUUUAUAUGACAGAUGGAUCUUCCGAGAAUCAUCGAGCUGACUGUUGUUGGAGUCAUCUUCUUCUUCGGGGUUAUUUUCAACUGCAUCGUCAUUCGUAGUAUCAGCCUGGCGCGAAGCUUGCGCGGAACGAUCCCGUAUAAUACGAAAAAGGACUGCACUAAUCUGCUGGUAAUGAACCUCGCUGUGGCUGACUUGCUUAUACUGCUUGUGAGUUUACCGAUGGAUAUCAUACCAGAGCAUAUAUCAUGGCCAUAUGGGACGAUUGUAUGCAAGUUUGUUUCACCAAUUCAGGAUAUUUGCCUAACAACGUCCGCGCUUACCUUUGGUGCGAUUGCUGUGGAAAGGUAUUUGCUGGCAAAAGGAGUCACACAUCAAGGCACUCGCAAUGCAAAAUUUAUCAUAGCUGGGAUCUGGCUCGCUGCAUGGCUAACAAUGGGUCUUCCAAUGGCAUUUUACAAGCAACUCAUUAGAGACGAAGGCAGGAUAGAAUGCGACAUAAUCUGGCCCAACAAAUACGUCGCUGAUUUCUUUCUUUAUUACAUGAUUGUUCUGAUCGCAGUUUGCGGAAUAACUGGAGCGUGCGCGUAUUACGGGAUACGACGAAGCCUCGGGAAGGUGCAGCAGAUUUACGAGAAGCAAAGUGCGGUAGAAAUUAUCGAUCGAACGAACCAGGAAACGCUCGUCGAGCAAGUCUUGAAGAUCUCCAACCUCAUUUGCGUUCUCAUUACCGUGUUCGUGAUCUGCGUUUUCCCGUUUCCGUUAUUCGCGGUGCUCUUAGAAUCGGGCGUGCUCGAGAACUUUCGUUAUAACUACGCUCUUUAUCUGGCCACCUCGUGCUUGCUCUAUGGUAACUGCCUGGCUAACCCGUUGAUAUUAAUGUUCAUGAGUAAAGACGCACGAACUGUGUUGACUGAACGAAGAUCGUUGACUCGGCGUAACGCCGGCACAGAGAAUAUAAAAUUAGAACAUGCAUGAAAUAGUGGAUUAAAUGUGAAUGAAAUUCAGAUUGGUUGAAAAUAUGUUCAGCAUUCUGAACAAGAUGCGGAAGAGCCUUAAAACUAGGGAAUAGAUCUGAUAUUGAGCAUUAAUGGAUAAUGGUAGAUCACGAGAACAAGGUACACAGACGAUUAAAAUUCUCAUCAAAUGAAUAAUAAUACUCACAUGAAGUCUUCGUCUGCUACUGCGAGCAACGAUCUCCAUAGUUCAGCGGUGAGUGAGUGCAGUUUACUUCGGAAUCACAAAGGCUUGAUUUCUGGCGGAGGUCCAGAGAGUUGCAUUUUUGCAACGUUCAUAGUCUGGUCUUCAAUCGUUAACCGCUAUAUCUCUGUUCCUUGUUCAGUUAAAAGAAACAAAGCCUUGUGGAAAAACCCGGAGACAAUGUACAGCAUUGUUUAAAAUUCUCUUCAUCAACAAGGACGAAUUUGUGAAUAAAUAUAAUUCAAUAAAUCUCUAUGCAACUAUAAUAAAAUCAUUGUUUAUAUGACAGGUGUAUAUAAAAUCCAUUUUAUGCAAAUCCAUAGGAUAUAGUCAAGCUUUUAUUUGGAAUA